GCACACAGCAUGAGCAUUGAGCACAAGUUAAAAGAUGGCGCUCGGUGUACGAAAUUCAAGCUAAGCUAACAACUUCUGUAAAGUGUAAUUGGAAUUAGUUAUUUUUUGUUAGUAGUAUCCACAUAAUUUUUGUACGUAUUUAGGUAUGUCUGUUCAAUUAUUUAACUUGCUUGUUAAUUCACUUAAGCAGAGUUUUCCCCGACCAUCUGAUAUAGCCAGAUCAGGUAUACAAAUAAGAUCAAUAGCUGUGAUGGAGAUGUUAGGAGAGAAAAAAGACGAUAAUGAAACUAAACCUGAACCAGUGAGGACCAAAAACCACACUAGGUACAAACGCAGAUUUCUGAAACGCCAGUGGGAGGAAUCGAAUGGGGAUAAGAAUGAAGAUGAAUCAAGCGGUGAGAAGAAAGUGUGCGACACACAGUUUGAAAGGAUCAAGAAAAAGAAAGUAGCAAUGCUCUUGGGCUACUGUGGGGUGGAUUACUAUGGAAUGCAACGGAAUCCUGGAGUUCCAACCAUAGAGGAAGAGCUACUGAAAGCCCUGUACGACGCCAAUUACAUUACCAAGGAGGACUUUGCCACACAGCAGGGCGCCCACUUCCAGAGGAGUUCGCGCACAGACAAGGGCGUGUCGGCCGCCAGACAGGUUGUCUCUCUUAAGCUACCUCUCGAAGUGAACUUAGAUGAAAUAAACAGUAGACUGCCCUCUAGUAUAAAGGUGUUCAGUAUAAAACGCACCACCAACAAGUUUAACUGCAAAUCAAAAUGCAACGCGAGAACGUACAGCUAUACCCUUCCCACCUAUGUGUUCGAGCCGAGUUUGAGUGAGGGAGACAGGAAGAUGUAUAGGAUAUCCGCUGAGAAGACAACUAAGGUCAAUGAAGUGCUCCAAGUAUAUAAAGGGACGAAGAGUUAUCAUAAUUUUACGGAGAAGAAACAUUAUCAAGAUCCAUCCUCGCUAAGGUACAUGCUGGACUUUCAUUUGGAAAGAGUGUUCAUUGAAUCUGAAAUGGAGUUUGCGGAGUUAUUAGUUAAGGGUCAGAGCUUCAUGCUGCACCAGAUAAGGAAGAUGGUUGGGCUGAUGAUAGCCGUGAUACGGGGACACACGGACAUGGGUAUAAUGGACAAAGUCUUCGGCAAAGAGAAGGUCAUGAUACCCACAGCACCCGGCCUAGGGCUGAUGCUCGAUAAGGUGCACUACGAGAGAUAUGCCGCCAAGUUCAAGGACUCCCACGACAGCUUGACAUGGGAGUCGGAGGACGAGGCUGUUGAGAAGUUCAAACGCGCGGUCAUAUUCCCCAACAUCAUCAAGGGGGAGAUCGAGGGCAACUCCAUGGGUUUGUGGGUCGAGAAAAUGAAGAACCAUUCCUUCGAACCCUCUGAUAACAUUUCUGACGAGAAGAACGAUAUCGGUGAAGCUGGCGGUGACGAUGAUGAUGACGAUGACGAUGAUGACGAUAAAGAAACUAAAAAAGGUGUUACAGAUGAAGAAACUAAAGAUCUUAAAGAUAUCAGCCAAAAUGAUUCAGAUGUGAACAAAGUGGAAAAUUUGGAAACGUUAGAAUCGAAAGAUACAAGUGUAAAUCUACAGUGUGAUGUGACGACGCAGAAAGAUGCGACCUUAUAAAUAAUAAUUCUAUAGGCAUGACAUUAACAAAGAGUAGCUGAAAUAUUGUAUUUAUCUAAUGAUAAAGGGUUCAUGUAUUAUGACAAACGUAUUUUUAUUUAUAUUGUAAGCUAGAUUGGUAAUCAUAUUCAUUUUCAAUAAAUAAAACAACAUCUGCUUCCAUCUAA